UUCGGUUCCAGCUCGACGAAGUGAGAGUGUUCCUACUCCGUAGCAUUGAAUUUUGUAACCAUCGUGCCAUUGUGCAGAAAGAAAAUCGGUUGAAAACCUGUGUUGGUCCCAGUGCCUUUAUUUCUUGGUUUGAGCAGAAUCGAAUGUGAGGAGGAAGUGGCAAUCUGAAUGACCGUUGCCUUUCUGCAUUGGCAUUGCUGAGUUUACAUCUCAUCUCUGCCAGUCUCACUACGCGUGCGGGUGUAAUGCUGGCUGCAAAGACAUAAGUUGACUCAGGCUACUGGAAGCGCAAUUUUCUAUCAGGUCCUGAUGUGAAUAUGAGGAAUGACAAAGAAGCGAGUCGCCAUGACUUCUAUUCUGGCAUUGUAGUAAGUGUAAGUAGUAUUGAUUCGGCGAAGAUAUCGAUCCGAGUCCAUUAUGAUGAUGAUGGUGAUUUUCGCUUUUGGUUUAGCCGCUUCACUCCUCCGUCCCUACCCCUAGAGGAGUGAGAGUGUCCAUUGCGUGUAUAAAAUCGAAGCACGCGUAGGCGUAACCGCAUUCAAGAGGUUUUCAUAUAUAAAAAUCGAUUUUGAUUUUCAUUACAAUAUUUAGCUGUAUAUGUUAUUACGAUUUUGAUUUUCAUUACAAUAUUACGAUUUUGAUUUUGAUUUAGCUGUAUAUGUCAGACAGUUACUCGCGCGCCAUAAGAAGCGAGCAAAGGGUUGAUUUUCAUUACAAACUCAAAGAAUAAAGAAACAUGGGGAACAAUGGCUCGAGCAGCGGAGCUCCUGCUUUCGGGCUGGAAUUGAGAGCGGGCGUGGAGUCCAACCUCUAUCCGUGGCGCGACAUGAUUGAUUAUGUCUUUCAGUCUUCGAAAGACGCGUCCGAAAAGCGAUUGUUGUCCAGGGAGGCUCAGCUGCAAAUCUUGGAAGCCAUCGACCCCCUUGUGAAGGAUCUCACGGAGGGCACGAACGUGGAAAUCUGCGACAAACUGGGAAUAGAAGGCAGCUUUCAGCCCCCAACAGACUGGUGCGUGGCACUGCUGGACCAGAUACCUUCGCUUGGGCAGGCUCGGUAUGACAUUGUACCACGCUUCAUCGAGGAGGAGUCAUUUUGGUGUCGCUACGUCAAUCAAAUCUUUUUCUUAAUCCAAGACGAAAUGCGCAUAAAGCACGGUGUUACAUUUGAGGAUGACGAAACUAUUAACAUUCCCACAGCUCUCGAGUGACAACGAACUACUCUGAAGAUGAAUUGUGAAUUUCUACUUGGACCCGCUUCGCGACGACAGCUGUUUAGAAUGACUAUGAUCAGCAACUCCGAUAAAAAAAGACGUGAUCGUGAGUUUAGUGCUGCUCCUUCUGCAUCCACUGCACUACGUUUCGCAAAUGGUUUCAACAAGAUUCGGCGUACCAAAGUAACAAAUGGCAU